CCCUUCAGACAGUCAGCGGUAUUCCCCAUUGGCCACGCAACCAGUAUCGUUUCACUCUUCAAAAUGGGAGGGUUUUUCUCUAGUCUGUUUUCGUCACUGUUUGGCUCCAAGGAACUCCGAAUACUGAUUCUUGGUUUGGACGGCGCAGGCAAGACCACCAUACUGUACCGCCUUCAAGUUGGGGAAGUAGUGACAACAAUACCAACUAUCGGAUUCAAUGUUGAAACAGUUACUUAUAAAAACCUUAAAUUCCAAGUAUGGGACUUAGGAGGUCAAACGAGCAUCCGUCCAUACUGGCGAUGCUACUACGCAAAUACCGAUGCAGUCAUAUAUGUUGUUGAUAGUGUGGACAAAGACAGGAUAGGAAUCUCUAAGCAGGAGCUUCUUGCAAUGCUAGAGGAGGAUGAGCUCAAAAAAGCUAUACUAAUCGUCUUUGCAAAUAAACAGGAUAUGGAAGGUGCCAUGUCAUCAUCAGAGGUCUCAAAUGCCCUGGGUCUAUCUGCCCUUAAGAGUCGCACCUGGGCAAUAUUCAAGACAUCUGCAGUUAAAGGAGAAGGACUAGAUGAAGCAAUGGAAUGGCUUGUCGAUGCACUGAAAGCAAGACAAUAAUUCAUAUAGUGGAAUUUAAAUUAAUUAGAAUACAAACAUACUGGCAUACCCCACGUAUACUAAAGGCUUGCCAGGCCUUGGUAGUGUAUCACAAAACGGUUGCAGAGUAAUUUAUCAUCACUGGCCUGUGUUGUGAUGGUCCAGAGAGGGACUAGGAGAGAGGAAAGUGGGUCUCUCAUUUUUUUACCCAAAGUUCCACCAUGUGUUGGGACACGGCAAGAUCUAGGGGAACUUGACCUUGAAAAAAGAAUCUUUUAAGUAGAAAUGAACUGUUUUGGAACUCAUUCAAGCUAGCAGGGACUUACAAUUCGAGUUGUCUGAAAAUUAUCAGGGCUCCACUUUAGCUAAUGUGUUUAAGGGUAAUUUUAUCAAUAACGGGAGAUAAAAACCAUAUGUGAUUCCCUUUAUUGUUAUUUAUAUUUUAAUAAAUUAUAAACUCAUAUAACUAGUUAUCACAACCACAAGGAACUAAGCUGAUAUGAUCCUAAAACUUCUGUUAUUAUUUCCAGAUCUCAGGGUUUUUUUUGUCAGGUUUUUCGUCCGUCAUUUCUGUGUGGUGUCAGAAUGAAGUAUGGAAACGAUUUGCUCUAUUAGAAAAUAUUACUUUGUUGUAUAAUGUGAGUUGAGCACUCUUUUGUAUUGAAAAUAAAGAUAUUUAUAACUAAUUAAAA